AAGAAGUCCAUCCGUGACAUUUCCUGGCUACUAAAUAUUCUCAACUGUUAGUGGGAUUAUAACAAAGUGGAAGUAACUGGGAACAACAGCCACUCAGCCACCAAGUGGUAGGCCACGUCACAUGACAGGGCGGGGUCAGUGCAUGCUGAAGCGCACAGUGCGCAGAAGUCACCAACUGUCUGCAGAGUCAAUAGCUAAAUACCUCCAAACUUGGUGUGAACUUCAGAUGAGCACAACAACAGUGCGUAGAAAGCUUCAUGGAAUGAGUUUCCAUGGCUGAGCAGCUGCAUCCAAGCCUUACAUCAUCAAGUGCAAUGAAAAGCAUCAGAUGCAGUGGUGUAA